CAGUUCCCACUUGAAUCUGUAGAAAUUGCUUGAAAAGAGAGAAAAAAAAUUGAAAUAGAAGGAAAAUUUUUGGAAGAUAAGCGCAGAGAAGAAGAAGUAUUUUUUAUCGUCUUCUCCAUUUCUCAUAAAAGAUAGCAACAAUCGAAGAAGAGCUUGAAAUGGGCCACCACCUCCACCACCAGGACGGUGGCGAUGGCGUCCCUCAACAUGUCAAUAGCCCACGAUUCUCCGGUCCCAUGACACGCCGUGCUCAAUCUUUCAAACGCGGCGGCUCCGGAGGCAGCAGCAGCAACAACACUCACGCCGGAGGCAGUAUCAGCGCCGGUGAUAAUAGCACCGGCACGAAUCACUCCACCUUGAGAGUUCACCACGAGAUCGAUCUCCAGCUUAACUCACCUAGAUCAGAGAUCGCUUCUGGUUCGGGUUUAGAUCCGAGCUCUGCGUUUGAGUCUGCGAUUAAUAGAAAGCAUCAGACUUAUGGUCAGUUGAGGGAGAGAGUUGUGAAAGGUUUGUUGAGGAAGCCGAUGGGAUCGGUGGUUUCGGAAUUGAGCUUGAGAGAGAGGAAGAAACUUGGGCAUUGGAUGUUUUUCGCGUUUUGUGGUGUGUGUUUGUUCAUGGGUGUUUUGAAGAUUUGUGCUACUGGUUGGCUUGGAUCUGCCAUUGAUGGUGCAGCUUCCGAUCAGGAUUUAUCCGACUCGAUUCCCAGAGUAAAUCUACUAGAUCACAGCUCCCAUGAUUAUAUCUAUAAAGAUGGAGGAAAUGGUAUUGAUCCAACUUUGGCUAUGGUUGCUUCAGGUGUGGUGGGUGACCAAAACAGUGUUGUUGAAUAUUCAGGUGUUUGGGCAAAACCUGAGAGUGGAAAUCACUCGCAGUGCAUUGAGACUUUAAGGACUCGCAAAAAGUUGGGUGCUAAUACGAAUGGUUACCUGCUGAUAAACGCGAAUGGAGGACUAAACCAAAUGAGAUUUGGGAUAUGUGAUAUGGUUGCAGUGGCUAAAAUUAUGAAGGCAACUUUAGUUCUUCCCUCACUUGACCACAGCUCAUAUUGGGCAGAUGACAGUGGCUUUAAGGAUCUAUUUGAUUGGCAACACUUCAUUGAGGAGUUGAAGGAUGAUAUUCACAUAGUUGAGACGCUGCCAUCAGAAUUAGCCGGAAUCGAGCCUUUUGUUAAAACACCUAUAUCGUGGUCUAAGGUUGGUUACUACAAGAAAGAGGUCCUUCCGUUGUUGAAACAGCAUAUCGUAAUGUACUUAACUCACACUGAUUCCCGGCUCGCUAAUAAUGACCUGCCUGAUUCUGUACAAAAGCUUCGUUGUCGAGUAAAUUACAGGGCGCUGAAAUAUUCAGCUCCAAUAGAAGAACUGGGAAACGUUCUGGUUUCUAGAAUGAGACAGAACAGAGGUCCAUACCUUGCUCUUCAUUUAAGGUACGAGAAAGAUAUGCUGGCUUUCACAGGCUGCAGUCAUAGUUUGACAGCUGAAGAAGACGAAGAAUUACGGCAGAUGCGGUAUGAGGUUAGUCACUGGAAAGAAAAAGAAAUAAACGGAACAGAGAGAAGAUUGCAAGGUGGUUGUCCAUUGACUCCGAGGGAAACCUCGCUUUUGCUAAGGGCUUUGGAUUUCCCGUCUAGCUCCAGGAUUUACCUUGUAGCUGGUGAAGCUUAUGGAAACGGAAGCAUGGAUCCUCUCAACACAGACUUCCCCAACAUUUUCUCACAUUCAACUCUUGCCACCAAAGAAGAGCUAGAGCCUUUUAGUAACCACCAGAAUAUGUUGGCUGGUUUGGAUUAUAUCGUUGCGCUUCAAAGCGAGGUGUUUCUCUACACUUAUGAUGGGAACAUGGCAAAAGCGGUUCAAGGUCACAGGCGAUUCGAGAACUUCAAAAAAACCAUAAAUCCAGACAAGAUGAACUUUGUGAAACUUGUUGAUGCUUUAGAUGAUGGGAGAAUUUCUUGGAAAAAGUUCAGUUCCAAAGUAAAAAAGCUGCACAAAGACCGAAAUGGAGCUCCGUAUAACAGAGAAUCCGGGGAAUUCCCGAAGCUGGAAGAGAGUUUCUAUGCGAAUCCUCUUCCCGGGUGUAUAUGCGAGACUACAGUAGAAGACGGUAGGAUGCGACGGACAUAAAUAUGAGGAUACGCUUCUGGUAAUUUUUAUUAGUUUACAGUAUGGUUAAAAAAAAAAAGAAGAAGAAGAGAUUGUGAUUUUUGUCUCCUGAAGCCAGAGAAGAUUAUGAUUACCAAAAGCUCAAAAUUUUGAGAAAAUGGUUUCAAAGACAAAAUUUGAGAAACUACAGAGAGAAACUCAGUUGGUAUGUUCUGAAAUGUUCAUCCUCAAAGUCAAAUUCUACCAGCAAAGUUCGGCAUCAGCUAUAAUGCCAUGGAGAUUUAUGGAAGUGAGUAAACAAAGUAGGAUUCAUUGUUUGUAACAAUACAAUUUGUCAUUUUUUUUGGUUUUAUUUAACUCAAAAUCAUCUUUUUGUUCUGUUACACGCAUUAAUAAUAACAUAGAAUAAAUAUAUUGCUGCA